CCUUUUCUGCACUUUGCACUGUAGCUGAAAAUACUAAAAUUUGGAUCUUGUCUCUUGGGAAGUCAAAGGGAAACAGAGAUGAAGGAAAUACUAGCGGCGUAAGGAAAAAAAUCCGAGCUUUUUCAGCGAGAAAACAACAUGUGUAUAGCAGUGUUUUUAUGGCAAGCUCACCCUCUUUAUCCAUUUCUCUUGUUACUCAACAGAGAUGAAUAUCACAGCCGGCCAACAAAGCCUCUGGGAUGGUGGGAAGGUGGAGAGAUUCUAGGUGGGAAAGAUGAGCUUGCAGGUGGGACAUGGCUGGGUUGCACCAGAGAUGGUAAGAUUGCUUUUAUCACUAAUGUUAGAGAACUUAAAUCAAUCCCUCAAGCAAAGUCUCGAGGUGACCUUACCCUUCGUUUUUUAGAGAGCAACAAGAACCCAAAGGAAUAUGCAGAGGAGCUUUCCAAGGAGGCAGAUCAGUAUAAUGGGUUUAACCUGAUAUUAGCUGAUAUAUCUUCUAAAUCCAUGGUUUACUUAACAAAUAGGCCAAAACCAGAAAAUUUCAUAGUCAUGGAGGUGACACCAGGGAUGCAUGUACUGUCAAAUGCAAGCCUAGACUCUCCAUGGCCUAAGGCACAACGUCUUGGCCAUGGUUUUAAAGACCUCCUGGAAAAAUAUGGUGAAGCGGAACUUCCCACAAAAGAGAUGGCUGAAAUACUAAUGACCAACACAAUUAAAGAUGAUGAAAGCAUGCUUCCUGGAAUAUAUCCUUCUGAGCGGGAACACCAGUUAAGUUCUAUAUUCAUCGAGGCAGACACUCCCCUGGGACGAUAUGGAACUAGAAGUACUUGUGCAUUGUCCGUAAAAUCAAGUGGAGAGGUUAACUUUUACGAAAGGUAUCUUGACAAGGACCAGUGGAAAGAGCACACAAUGAGUUACCAGAUCAAAAAGAUGGAAGUACAUGGGUGAUUUAACUCAGUCCAGUCGUCCUUUCAAUGAAAAUAAGUGUCCUUUCAAAAUCAGAUAGGCUGAGUUACAAGAUUAUGUAACUUAAUGGGUUUUUAAUUGAAGGGCUUCAAAUGUAUAAAUAAGUUCUUCGCACCUUCUUUUGUCUCCGACGGUAGUUCAAUUAAAGCUUUCCUGUUUCAAGCGCG